UAGGUUGGCUUGCCACUUCCUGUUCUUACAACCAUGAAGUCUAAUUGGUGUGAUACUGUUCCCAGAAAAGUGGGUGCUGUGUAAGCAAACACGGCAGCCACAGGUGUCUUAUUUGUCUGUGUAUCCUCCAGUGCCUGCUUCCUACAGGACACCCAAUUAUGUGUUGUUAAAUAAAUCCAUUUCUGCCAUAGCUAGCUCUGGCUGCCCCACAUUGUUCCUCCCCCCAAACAAGGGAAUAAACUACGGCCUUUGCUGAAUGGAUGUAUCACUGAAAUUGAUUUCCCAGAGACUAUUUCUUAGAUGAAAAUACCACCACAUAAGGGACUGGUAAAGCUUUUAAGGGCCAAUAAAUACAUUAUUUAAAAGAGAAAAUGAGCAAAACAUUGUUAUCCAGAGUCAACUAGAGCCCACCAGGACAUGACAUUUGCAAAAAUAAUAUAAGAAUGCAUCUUAAAGUCUCUGAAAUGGGAUUCAGAGAAAAGAGAAAAUGUCCUCAAGGAAUAAUGCCAAGAUGGACCCACUUAAAAUGUGUGAUGAAAAUGAGAUUAAAGCUUCCCAAAUGCCCUUGUAUGUCUUGAGAAAAAUAAUCAACAGCUGGUCAAUGAAGACUCCAGUUGUGCUGAUGGGACAGCAGGAAGGGGAAGCAGAGGGCUGGGGACACUGACCAUGUAGAAAUGAGCGGUCCUGACCUGUACCCUGGGGUUACCAAGGGAUUCCCUAAGGAACUCUCAGAACCACAGGCCACUGAUUUAGAAAACAACAAAAGACAACGGUCUCAUUUUCAGCAAGAAUCCUUUUAGGUCAGUUUAGCCAGAAUCCCCUGACCCCUGAUGUUUCCUCAGUAAUUUUCCAUCUGCUGACGCCCACCCUGCUCCAUGGCUGUACAGCCCCACUCACCCAGGCUGUAUUCAGUGUUGAGUCCAAUCUCUCUCCCCCACGGCAAAGUCCCAUCGCACUGGUCCCAACACCUAUUGUGAUAGUCCCCCCACCAAAAUAGAGUCUUUUUUAUCAUGCUUUGAAAAAAACACAACAAAAAGCCCAUAAGAGAUCAAUCUUGAGAAAUCCAAGACUAUGGUUUCAAAAGAGGGAAACAACCACUGAGAGUGGUAAAGCUUCAUAAAAUGAGCAUUUAAAAUGAAAAUUAGAAUUAUUAAGGCCAAGGCCACUUACAGGAACUAUAACUUGAAUGGAAACGACCAGAAAUACAACAAUCUAGAGAUAUUCUGAGAGUGGGCAGUUCUGGUGUUCACUCUGUCUCUGUUUCCUGCCUGACUUAGGAUAAAUCAAUUUCCCCAUUGGGGAUAGGGAUUUUUAAAAUUAAAAUAUCACCAAAAUUUUUAAUUGUGUCCAAACAAAACAUUGUUUUGGAUGUUAGUUGCAAUAGUAACUGGAAACACACCAUGUAUCCAUACAAAGAAAUACUCAUAGACAGUUUCUUCUAAAUUGGUUUUAUAACCCCUAAAACCUCCCAUUAAGCACAUUGGCUUGCACAAAGAAGGAAAGGAAUUUCCAUCACUUCCAUCCCUCCCCUCACCGCCAUUCAAAGGCCAUGUCUAGAGGCAAGAACAUUACAACUAGUAGUACUAGACUGUCACACAUGCAUACUCAGGCUAUUCCAUUUGUAAAUGCUUUGCAUUUUUAUAAAAGUGUCUCCACAUCUACAAUCUAACCUAAUUCUCAUAAUUGUGUGGGAUAGCUGUUAUUACGGACUAUACUCCUCGGAUGAGAAAAGUAAAGCCCAAAACAGGUCAGCAUGAGCUUUGGGCAGCUUGUGAUUAUCCAAGGCCAGAGGGCAGUAGGGCAAUGGCCUCCAGGCCUGUUCUCACAGGCAUCAGUCUCCACCCUGCCCAUUCCCGUCAUCACUGAGACCUUUGGUUGCAGUCUCCGGCCAGUCUAGUUGCUAAACCAAGGGGCCGGCUCACGCCAAAACCCGGAUUCUUUCACGUGCCUAUAUAAACAGAGCCGAUAACUGCCACCAGGCGGCGCCACAUCGCAGCCGGGACUCCAGUGGAUCGGGUGUGCACCUGCCAAGCCCCUUGGCUGAGCAGGCUAAACCCAGGCAUUUUACUAACUUCACAGUAACGCCGCCCCACCCCGACUGCCUAUUGGGACCCCACUUAGCAGUCUAUAAUGGAGUUUUACUGUUUUUGAGCAGCCAAUCCAAUACACCUUUACGGAUCCUUUUUCGGAACUACUGUGUUGAAUACAAGCUUCUGAUUAGAUUUCGUUAUGACUUCUAACAGAAUCAUGCAUAAACCUUUACAUAUUGGCGUAUAUAUUUAUUACAGGUUUUUCCCCUUUACAUUACAGCUUGAGUAGCAUAUCAACUUUUGAAAUAAUAUAUAGGUAGGUUAUAAUCACUGAAUUUUGUUUCAGAAUGGUAAAACGGGUGUUACAAAUAUUUGUCAUGAAAAGGGGACUUGGGUCGGACAGGAUUGAGAACCACUAUUUGGAGUAUGGACCUUCUCCUGAAUACUGCCCUGUUGACUUUGAUGAUAUCUGAACAAAUAGCAACUUUUUAGCCUCCUUCGCUGUCUCCACUUUCUCCUACUUCCACCUCACACUGGGGCUGCUCCUGGAGGCUCCUUUGCUCUGCUGGUCCCACACCUUCUCCUUAGCUCUCAGGAAAGCAAGUCCCUGACAGCAUCACUUGCGCCCAGUACAAUCUCAGCCAGGCCAUGGCCGGCUUCUCAGGCUCUUUCACCCUUCCCAACCCCACAGGUACGUCCUGCUGGUUCCACCCUCACUCCAACACACUUGUCAUCUCCAAUCUCUUCCGGACUGUCCAUCCAGGUGAGAACUUGGGCUACACUCUCUCCUGACAGUGUUUAAAACGUCCUCUGCUCUAGUUGGGAGUGUAUCCUGUUCUCACGGAGUGAUCUUAGUCAAUUGAGCCUGAAGAUCUGAAACCUGGCGAGCCCAGCUGGGCUUUACUGCCUCUGCCGAGGCGGCACUGCCAUCCAGGGGGGCUCGCACUCUUGAAGAUUUUUCUUACCAUUGUUUUCCCUGAGCUGAUUAUUCACUCCCUCAGGCUGCCUCUCUCAAUUGGUGGGGCAAGGGGGCAGGUGAGAGAGAAUUUGUGAGAACACACAAUUAUUUAAACUAGCUUUCUUUCUCUCCUAUCAGACCAUACCCAGAUUUUCUGUUUUCUCUAUCCUUUGGCCACCAUUCAACCUCUUUCCUUGGUAGGUUGUCACUAGUUAAGUUUUUGCUAUUAAAAAAAAUUAUUAUAUAUUUACUGUGGACUGGGAAUAAUUCUGUGACAUGGCUUCUUUGCAGAGGCUGCUGAUUACCUCCCAAUAUCCUUAAAUAAUAAAUAAGAGAACUCUCCAGUUUAGGUGGGCUCAUGGUCACCCAGCUAAAAGCUACAUUUCCCAGCUUCCCUUGUUUCUGGGUGUGACCAUGUGAGUGAGUUCCGACCAAUGGGAUAUGAGCAAGUGAUUAUGCCAUUUCCAGGUCGUGCCCUUAAAAGGAAUGAGUGUGCACUCCCCUGCUUUCCUCCUUCUCACUGGCCAGGAUGCAAAUAUGAUGGCAGGAGCUGGAGCAGCUGCCUUGGAACCCAGAGAUGGAAGCCAUAUGUUGAGAAUGGUGGAGAUACUCUACCAGUUCUGGACUGCCUACCACGGGACUACUGUGAACUAUAGUAGCUAGAGAAGCGGGCUAAACACUGCAAGGAAGUAACCAGACAGAUCCAGGAGGUGGGACAUUCUGUAGGACAGCUGACUAAAUUGCUUCCACUAUUUCUAGACUGAGUCUAAAGCUUCUUCCACACACCACAGAAGUGGGCUCAACAGGCUUGUAUGGAAAAGAGAAAAAGUCAUCUUCUCAAUUGAAGGGGACUUUUGAAUGUCUCAGUGGCCAAAUACAUCCAAACCAUACGUCUGAGCCAGUGAGCUUUACUGUUGUGGGCCUGCCCUGGUUUUUCAUGAUGUCAUCCAUUCAUCAUUGUGAGCAGAUUGGCGGUCCCUGGCCUUGGCCAGCUGCCCAAGGCCAGGAGGGAAGAGAGAGAUCCCAGGACAAAUGUGCAGUGGGCCCCUGAGCUUGUGCGGAAAUGUCAUCAGUUCCACAGAGAAAGACUUGGUACAAAUUGAAGAAGACAAUAAAAGUCACAAGAUCCUAUCCAACCUUCCCUUCCCUGAACGCCUGGGAAGAACUCAGGGACCUCUUGCCUGUGGAUCAGGAGCCAUACCCUGGAGUGGGCCUGGGUGUGGAGGAGGGACUGCUCUGCCAGAUGGUUCAUUCUCCAGAAUUCAACCUGUUUCCCGACUCAGUGGUGUUUGAAAGCAACUUUGUCCAGGUCAAAAAGGACAGGAACUGGAUAGACAUGUACAAAGCCUCCAACACCAUGGCCCUUGGGGUCACCUCCUCCGUGCCCUGUCUGCCCCUUCCCAACAUCCUCCUCAUGGCCAGUGUCAAAUGGCACCAGGGGCAGAGCCAGACAUGGAACAGACCAUCUACAGUCCCAAACAUCAUCCUGAAGAGGAUUCUCCCGUUGAAGUUUGUGGAGCUCCAGAUCUGCGACCGCCCUCAGCGCAUCCUGCAGUUGAGGACAGUUGCCGAGAAGAUCUACUACCUAAGGCUCCACCCUGAUCAUCCCAGGACUGUCUUCCACUUCUGGAUCCGACUGGUUCAAAUUCUGCAGACGGGCCUGUCCAUCACCACCAAAGACCCUAGGAUUCUUGUCUCUCACUGCCUGGUACCCAAGAACAGCUGCAGCCCCUCAGGAGACUCUAAGUUAGUACAGAAGAAACUCCAAGCCCCCCAGCCCAGUGACAGCCUCAUGCAGCUGAUGGCCAAGGGAGAGAGUGAGGCCCUCUCUCAGAUUUUUGCCGACUUGCACCAGCACAACCAGUUCAGUUCCAGGAGCAGCAAAAAGACGGACACCAAAAAGGAUAGCUCAGAGAAAGAUACUCCCAGUGAAGACUGCAUCCCCUGCACCCGCGACCUCAGUUGGAGGGAUUCGCUCACCUGUGGAGAGUGGGAACGAGAGAACCCCUCUGGACCACAGCCCCUCUCACUCCUCAGCACUCUGGCAGCCUGCACGAGGCCACAGCUGACCCUGCUCAUAGGAAAUUCUAUUUGAACCACCCUUUCACACUUGGGAGAAUCUAUGCAGCCCUCGCCAACGCCACUGUGCAGCAUUCAUCUUUCCGAGGGGUCUCUCUGGAUGGAGGGGAGGAGAAAGCUGCAACUACAGGAAAACUAGAAUCCUCUCACAUCUAUAGCAUAGCCUUUCCUUGGAGAACCAUUUGGGAGGAUGGAUCCAAGAUGAGAAGCAUUAUUCUAGCAUUAUUCCAAUCCGUAACUUCACAUCCUCACCACCACAAACAUCACCACGCCUUGUCUCCAUUCCACCGCCAGGCAGACACAAGAAGACAUGCUCUCAGGAUGGCCAGGACCAAGAGAUGGAGAGAAGGGAGGAGAAGGAAGCAGGGCCAGAGAGAACUAAAAAAGAACAAAAUGGAGGUGAAGAGGAAGGUGGACGGAGGAAGUCAGAGAUGAGGGGAGAUACAGAGAGGUGGUAACGGAAGGAAACAAAAGAGACUUGGGAGAGAAGCUGAAGAGGACAAGAGAAGAAAUACACCACUGAGAGAUGCCUCAUGGAGCUUCUAUUUAUCUAGUUUAAAACUUGAAAGUAAUGCCAUAUUCCAAAAAAGAAAUACGUUUUCUUCUGUGCUCAGACUGCUCUGGACAAGUAUGAGGAAUCAGAAAUGAAUUCCAGCCAAGGGCUUCUCCUUAAAUUUCCCUUUCUGCUGGU